AUGGCAGCAGCAGCAGCAGCAACCCCCAAAGCAUCAGCAGCAGCAGCAGCGCCGGCACUCGCCCAGCUGCAGCUCUACCUCUCCCCGCCGCCCAAAAACAUCCGCGAGUCGCGCGCAAUCUUCCGCGAGCUCUCCCGCUUCGGCGAGAUACAGAUGUUUAAGACGCUCCGGUUCGAAGAAACCACCAAAGAGUUCAAACCCCGCGCCCACAUCAUCUUCCGCUCCCCCACCUCGGUGGAGCGCCUCCUCGCCUCCUCUCCGCUCCCCGUCCCGCUGCCCACCGGCACCGGCGCCAUCACCGUAACCCCCUCCGCAACACUCUUCAACCACGCGCAGUACAUCCACAACAACAGCCCGCACUUCUACGCGCCCGCAACGUGGGGGCGCAAGGUCGGCCCCGGCGAGGACCUCAGCACCGUGCGCGACGAGGGCGUCGAGCCCGGCAUGAAGGCGCGCGCUAUGCGCUCGCGUCUGAUGCUGCGGUACACGGGUGGGUUUGCGGGCUUUGCGGAGCUGGAGGAGCGGGUUGCGAUGGAGGGGGUGAGGGGCGCGGCGGGCGGGGGUGGGGUCGGGGGCGGGUUUGGGGGGAGGGAGGUGGUGGGGGGGAUUUUGGAGAGUUUGAGGAGGGAGGAGGGGAGUUUGGAGGAUGGGGUGGAAGGGAGGAAGGAGGAGGAGAGGUGA